UCGGUCAAAGACACGGCGAAGAAACUGGCGGAUGGCAUCUUCUCAGCGUACAAAGACUACCUUCAGCCGGGCGAGACCGUCGGGCUCUUCAGUGAAAGCGGUGAACCCUACUGGUGGUACGAAGCUGGCCUGGUCUGGAACUCCUUGGUCGAAUACUCCUACUUGACUGGAGAUAAACAAUAUGACGACAUCGUUUCCGAGGCGCUUGUCUGGCAGAUUGGCCAAGCAGGAAACGCCCCGUACCAGCCUGCCAACCAGACCCGGACUGAGGCCAAUGAGGACCAGAUUGUGUGGGCUCUCGCGGCGUUGACGGCCGCUGAGACGGGAUUCAAAGAGCCAAAGAACAUCAAGUGGCUGGAUCUUGCGAAGGGAGUCUUUGACGCGCAGACGCAGCGGUGGGAUGGUGAAACGUGCGGCGGAGGGUUGAGGUGGCAGAUGCUUACUUUCAAUGCCGGAUAUGACUGGAAGAACUCUGCUACUAAUGCUGCGUUCUUCCUUCUUUCGGCACGUCUGGCGGCUGUCACCGGAAACAAGACCUACUCGGAGUGGGCAGAGAAGAGUUACAAAUGGUCGCGAGACGUUGGCCUAAUAUCGGAGUCCUACGAUGUCUUCGAUGGCACAAAUGUGCGAUCGGGCUGCUCAGAUGUGACUAAAUCCCAGUGGACUUCCGUACAUGCCAUGUACAUCGAAGGGUCCGCAUCACGCAACUCCACUUUCCCUGCCGAAGGCCUUGCCACCAGAUUCCGUGACAAAUUCAUCAGCGAACCCGAGAAGGUGCUCGUCGAGGCCGCAUGCGAGGAACGCAACAUCUGCGAUACCAGCAUGAGGUUCCUCAAGGGUAUUGCCGCCCGGUUUCUUUGGCGCGCCGGAGCCACCUCCACUCCUGUCUCCGAUGCUCUCGACGCAUCCCUCCGGGAGUCCGCAAAGAAGGCAGCGCAAGAGUGUGAAGGCCAGGGUACUGAGCUCACAUGUCGCUUUGUGUGGGCAGGGGAAAACAGGGAAAAGAGCAAGGUGGCUGAGGGCGGCUUACCAGAAGUCUUCAAUGCGCUUUCAGUCGUCCAGGGUCGCCUGUAUAAGAAGGCUGGUGCGAAUGCAUCUGCAGGUGGCAGUCCUGUGAUCAAUCCCUCAGCAAGUCCGUCAGGCGGUAGUCCUUCUGGAAGUCCAUCUGGCACUCCCACUGGCUUUACCGCACCUCCACAAGGAACUGGAGCUGCUGGUAGGAUCACUGUCGCCUGGAUAGGCGCCACUUUGGCUGCGAUGCUUUUUGCGGCAGGAAUGUAG